GCUGCACCUGCGGCUUUAUCCCUAUUGCAUAUUUAUAUGCUUCAUUCCACCUGUGUUGCCCGGCAGGGAUUUCAUGGAUCCAACAAUGGACAACACCAAGCACAUCCUAAACUAUUUGAUGCCCAUUAUCGACCAGGUGAAUCCGGAAUUGCACGACUUCAUGCAGAGGGCUGAAGUGGGGACCAUUUUCGCUCUCAGCUGGCUGAUCACCUGGUUUGGACACGUCCUCUCUGACUUCAGACAUGUGGUGCGGUUGUAUGAUUUCUUCCUGGCAUGCCACCCGCUGAUGCCAAUCUACUUUGCGGCAGUGAUCCUCUGAAGAUGCCAGCCACAGAUGCAGGCGAAACGUCAGGAGAGAAUGCUG